CUCGCCCUCCCUCCCACUUUGUCUCCAGACGACCUCGACGCCCUGUCCGAGCUGUCCAUCGUCCUCGCAAAGGUCCGCGCCGGACUCCAGUCCUCGUCUGGCAUCACCACAGGAGCUACGCCCGGUGGGCCAAGCAGCAGCGGCCAGCAGCUCUCCUUCAAGGACGUCCCCGGUGCUACCGACAAGCUCAAGCACAAGCUGCAGCACGCCAGAGCCCAGGUGCGCGCAUUGCCAGACAUGGAUCGCUCCAUCGAAGAGCAAAUGGCCGAGAUCAAGGAACUCGAAACACGCAUCGGCUUGCAGCGGGCCUUGCUCGAGAAGCUUCGCGAGAACGGUGUACAAUUCAGCAAGGAUGCCUACGCUGGUGGUGACAAAAUGGAGCUGUGA